UGGGUACACAACACAUUUGACAAUACCUUCGUCAAAAAAAAAAACACAUUUGACAAUACCUCUAACAUCCCUUUGUUGUUGACUUUCUUGUUUUGAAGCUAAGAAACAAUCAUUCAAAGUUCAUUCCAUUACAUCGUUUAUGUCUGCUGCAAUAUGUAUUACCUUGGCAUAGGGCUCGCUACAUACAAAAUAAUUAUAGCUGUUGUUUGUGUCAUAUCGAUUAUUCUGAUAAAGACAAUUCAUAAAGUACGUGCAUAUCGAGUUUGCAAAGUCAUUAAAGAUGUCGAAAGAGAAAAGAAGAAACUGAUUUCAAAUCGAGAUUUUCUACAACAAAAAAUUGAUGCAACCGAUCAUAAAACACAAAAGGUCAGUGAUAUUGUUUUUGGGUGGCUAAAAGAAGUGGAUAAACUUGUACAAGAGGUGGAGAAUGUGACAUUAAUAGCAGAACCAGAAUCAAUAAGAUAUAACAUUGAAAUGCUUAACAAAUUAAAGGCAUUGAAUAUCAAAUGUGAAUUUGAGCCAUUUUCCAAUCCAAUUCCAAGUUUAGAGCAUUUCUCUUCUGGAAAUUUUGUAUGUUUUGAGCCUAUAAAAGAGACUUCAGAUCGACUUUUGGAGGCGCUACAAAAUCGUAAUUUCUAUAAAAUUGGAUUGUAUGGAAAACGGGGCUCUGGUAAAACAAAGUUAGUUAAAGCUGUGGCUGAGAAAGCCAGGUACUUGGGGGUUUUUGAUGCAGUUUUAUUUUUCACUGUGUCACAAAAUCCAAAUGUAAAACAGAUUCAAGAUGAAAUUGCUGACUUGUUGAAUCUGAAAUUCAACAAAAAUACUGAAGUCGGAAGAUCUAGAGAAAUAUACUUGACAUUAGAAAGGAUGGAUCGUCCGGUUCUUGUGAUCUUGGAUGAUGUUUGGGAAAAUCUUGAUCUAGAGGAACUAGGCAUUCCUUGUAAUAAUAAUCGAUGCAAGGUCCUUUUGACCACGCAUAGCAAACAAGAAUUUGCACUAAUGAACUGCCAAGAAGUGAUUCCAUUGGGUCCCUUAUCUAUAGAGGAAUCUUGGACUUUGUUUAAAAAACAUUCAGGGAUAGACAAUGAGUCCUCGACCGACCUGUUAAAUGUAGCACGUGAAGUAGCUAUUGAAUGUCAAGGGUUACCUAGAACAAUUAAAGAUGUGGGAUCUUCCUUAAGAAGUAAACCUAUUGAAGAGUGGAAAGCAUCAUUAGAAAGUCUCAGAUAUGCAAUGACUCAAUACGAUAUUUUCAUCAGUUUUAGAGGAAAAGAUACUCGUGACUCUUUUACAGGUUUUCUCUACGAUGCAUUGUGUCGGGAAAGGUUCAAGACCUUCAUGGAUGAUGAGGGAUUGAAGGGUGGGGACGAAAUUUCGUCUUCUUUAAUCAAAGCAAUUGAGGCAUCAAAGAUUUCAAUUGUUGUUUUCUCAAAAAAAUUUGCACAUUCAGCUUGGUGUCUAGAUGAACUGGUCACUAUUCUUAAGUGUAAGAAGACGAAGAACCAACAGAUUUUACCAAUUUUUUACAAAGUAGAACCGUCUGAUGUAAGACAUCAAAAAAAUAGUUAUGAAAGAGGCAUGGCUAAACAAGUAAAAAGGUUUGGAGAUGAUUUUGAGAAGUUAAAGAAAUGGAGGUCAGCUUUAUUUGAAGUUGCUAGCUUGAGUGGAAUAACUCACAACACUGGGUACGAAUAUAAACUAGUCCAUAGCAUCGUGGAAAGAGUAAACAACCAAAUUUAAUUAUGUCAAGUAUCACUCUUUUUUUUAACUAAAAGGAACCGGAUAGGACUUCAAAAGAUAAUAAAGUUCUCCUCAAGAGAAUCCAGCACUUCUUUUUCUUUCUAUUUAGCAGGCUUGAAUAUAAAGAUAUGAAGCUGUAAUGUGUAUUGAGUGUAUUCAUGAUUUUAUAUUCUGAAAGUGUACUCUUUUCCCCAAGGUUACUUCUUGUUUAAUUGAUGAUA